AUGGUUGUAAAAAGGCGUUCCGAUUUGGGUGCAACAACUCCUCGCAAGUUAAAACAUAAGAAAACUAGCCAAAUUGUUACUCCUUCUUCGGUGAGAGUAAAGUCAGUUCCUGCCUUUACUCCACUUGAUCUUCGUAUUACACCAACUGGUAAGCCUGAAACAUGCUAUGAUAAAGCCAGAGCGAUGUUGCAACUUGAUGAGGUUCCUGAUUACUUGCCCUGUCGUGAGAGGGAACACAAACAAAUUUACGACAAGGUAAAAUCUGCAAUCGAAGAGUUUUCAGGACAUCGAAUUUUUAUAUCCGGUCAGCCUGGCACGGGAAAAACGGCGACCGUACGUCAGGUCGUAAAAAAUUUACAAAGAAAAGUCGAUCAAAAGGAAUUACAUCCUUUCGAGUUUGUCGAAAUUAAUGGAAUGGAAAUGAAACCUCCGGAGAAAGCUUACUCUGCUUUAUGGGAAGCUUUAACGGGAGACAACAUAGCUGUUAAAGCUGCUGAAGAUUUAUUGAGCAAAACUUUUAAUGAACUGUCACAACGAAAUCCAAUUGUGUUAAUGAUAGAUGAAUUUGAUGUCAUGGUUACUAAAACGAAUAGAGUGAUUUACAACUUUUUGGAGUGGACAACUUUGCAAGAUUCGUAUCUUAUCGUUAUUGCCUUAACUAAUAGGAUCGAUUUGCCAGUUACAAUGUUGUCAGCUAGAAGUGAAAGUCGGAUAGGUCUGGAUAGGUUAACUUUUGCGCCAUAUACUCACACCGAAUUAUUUACUAUUGUGAAAUCACGACUUGACGGAAUUGAAUUAUUUGAAAGUAAUGCUAUCGAAUUUGCUGCAAGGAAAGUUAGUUCUAUCUCACAAGAUGCAAGGAAUGCUUUAUGCAUUUGCAGGCGUGCUAUAGGUAUUCUCGAAUCUUUAGCAAAGACGAAUGAUGAAGUAAAUAAUAAAGUUACCAUCGACAUAGUUAAAGAAGCCAUAAAAAAGACGAAUACCCCCUGGUCGAAAUACAUCAGAAAAUGUUCUUUUCGGGCAAAAAUGUUUUUAUGUACUUUAUUGUUAUUGAGAAGGGAUGGAAAGCCUGAGAUCGAAUUUAAAGAUAUAAUUGGUAAAUAUACCAAAAUAUGUAGGAAAAAAGGUAUCCAAACACCAACUUGUACUGAACUAUCGAACAUCGUAUACGAUCUCGCGUCAUCUUCAAUUGUGUCGAUGGACCCGAGUAAAGAUAUUUAUGCACAAAUCAAAUUUAAUGGUAAUGAAGAGGAUGUGAAUAUGGUAUUAAGUGAUGAU